CCUUGAGUAAAAUGUGAGUAGAAUCAGUGAACGACUCUAAAUACUAUUAUUAUAUACGGCCAGUUAACUUUAGUUAGUUACUUUGAAUCACCAGAAACGACAGGACGUCGAGAAUUUUCUUCAAUUAUUUAAACGUUCUCUCUUUUGGAUCAAGUCCGCAUUUAUUACUUUGCGAAUUCUGUUGGACUGGACUUUAAACCAGUUUUUGGGCGGCUCUCGCGUUUCGGAGAAGUCGGCCAUCUUGAAUUUUCGGCGAUCGUUAUUUGCGGAAAAAACGCGCCAACUCGCCGUUAACAAUGUGGCGGGAACACACUCGUCUACUAGAGUUGUUGACGUCACUUGAAAAAACUUUAGGUUCCGGAUUCGAGCAUAUGACUCGGUUUUAGGAAUUCGUUCUGUGUCUGGGGAGUCUGGUGAAUUUAAAUGGUUUAGCGAGAGCGGUCGUUGGCGGCGGCGGCGGUGACGUCAGCGAGGCUGCUCGGCGUUCGAAGGGACCAAUGGCGGCGGCCGGCGGGCGGCGGCGGGGGCGCGGCGCGGGCCAGUCGCCGCCGCGGCCGCGCCGCGCGCGCUCCUCCGCGCCUCCCGCGCAGUGCCGCAGUGCAGUGCGCCGCUCCCGCGCGCCAGGGAUGCGCCCCCGGCGGCGCGCACGCAGCUCCACCACCACAUUGGAAAUGCAGCAGAAGAAGAGGAAAAGAAAAGUCACUCCAAGAAACAUCAAGCUAAGAAAAUGAACAGAACCGAAGAUGCGAGCGAGCAGUAGUAGAUUGGUUAAUUAU